AUGAGUCAGAGAGACACCCGAAGUCAUCCACAACCAGAGGGACCAUGAAGCUCAGCUCUUUCAUCCUUUUGCUUCUUGCAGCUGCUGCAUCAGGGGACAUUGAGAAGAGGGUUGUUGGGGGUAAGUCCUGCGAGAAGGACAGACAGUACCAUGUGCAGAUUGAUUCUAUUCAGCCGGGAAAGUCCUGUGGCGGCUCGCUGCUCAACACGCGCUGGGUCAUCACUGCUUCUCACUGCGCUGAACGGGCAGUGAAACUGAAACUCGGUCUGAACAAUGACGUGGGCAUGUUCACGAAAUUAGGGUCGUGGCUGAAAGGAAAGUCUAAAAAAUUGGAGCAGGUCAUCCAAACCGAGAAGCAGUUCUCUUACAAAGACGAGGAGGGGAACGCCCACGACAUCAUGCUCAUCAAACUGGGCGAGGACAUGUCUGCCAAGCUGCCCACCAUCAGGCUGCCCCCCGCCGGGUGCACCAAACCAGAGAUAGGCCAGCAGGUUGAGAUCGGAGGCUGGAAAGCCAAGAAGUCUGACAUCUUAAGCAGCAUACUGCCCAAGAGCCUGAAGUGUGCCAGCACAGACAUUUCCACGUGUGGGGAGAAUGAUAAACCUGGGGAUAAAUACGUCAGCAAUGAAGAAUCCACCAUGUGUGCCUCUAGGCCGGGGGUGGAGACCUGCUUCGGUGAUGCAGGCUCAGCUGUGGAGUAUAACAACAUCCUACAUGGGAUCGUUGUGAGCAACCCUGUGGAUAAGUGUGCAAGCACUAUCGUCAUGGCAAACAUCUGCCACUACAGGGAGUGGAUUGAGAAAACCAUGAGGGAAAACCCCUGAGUCGACCUCACACACUUACUCAGAAAGUCUAAUUAAAAUGUCUCAAAUCUUCUCAUUUCGAAUCAAUAUCACCUGACAACUUACUUUUAUUGCAUUUUACUUCAGAUUUCAACUGGAAACUUGACUGGAUUUUGCAUUGUGCAGGGAAAAUAGACUUCAACAGAAGCCAGCACAUUGGGCCUCAUUCACCGACCGUUCUUAAGAGGAUGUUUCUUCUUAAAACAAACUUAAGCUGUGGGUUUUUCCAGAGAUUCUGACAUUAUAAGAACAGAAUCUUCUCACACUGUGGGGAACUCUUACACAUACUUGACAACUGAAAGGCUUCGGUAAAAUAAUCAGUUAUUGUGUUUUUUAAUUCUGCAGUUAGGAUUUAAAUUACAGAUUUCAAUGAACGUGCUGGAUUCAAUGCAUCGUUUGUUUGUGGUAUUUAUGUCCACUGCAAAAUAUAACUGCAGUCUCAUGCCCUUUUUUGGGAAGACAAGGCAUUCAUCAAUAAAAGAACACAGAUGCAAACAGUUUAAAGAACUCAUGAAUCUGACAUUAAGUUUUCUUAGGAAAUUCUAAAGAAGAUAUUGCUGAAUGAGGGCCAUUGUUCUUCAGUGCCUUUACAACCACCAGUUAUCAUCCAUACUUCUCUUUACAGUUCUGAUUGUAUGCUUCGUUUAAAUCCCUCUUUUCUUUCCUGAACUCUGUCUGUAAAAGCAAAUUGUACCCAUGAAUAAAAUGGGGUGUGUCCCAGUUCAC